GAAUAAGCGCAAACGAGCGGGUACAAGGUUUCUCUCUUAUUAACAGGGAUAAUCGGCUCCUGCCAAAUCAUCAGUCUGCUAUGCAAAUACACACAUGCACAAACACCCUCAGCACGCUACUUACCAGCCUCGCAUACAAAGUUCUAGGAGAUUUGCAUCCAAACCUCACAGCAGAGCGAGCUUCCUGAUGAACUAAACACCACAUGCAUCAUGAGUUUCUUUGGGAAGCUGAAACCAUCUAUACUACAGAGCACCCCACCCGCCCCACCCAGGAGAUCAGAUAACAGUUCUGAAUACGGCUGGCCAGAAGAGGAAUUUGAUGAUGAAGAUACAUAUGAAGCCCCACCAUGUGAACGUCCCACCAUUAAGGUGCAACCUCACCAAGUUGAGGAAAACGUUUACCUGGGUUACCCAGACAGAAACCCAAACCCUGUUAUUCCCAAAAGACAAGCAGCACCACCACCACGACCAGCCAAGAUCCCCCCAGUAGGCAAAAGCACGAAACCAGAUCUGUCCAAUGAUGGCAAACCGCCUGAGAUCAUACGUAAAGAUAAACCUGGUAAGAAUGCGCCACCGAAGAAACCCGCGAUGAGACCACCGCCGGUGCCUCAACAUGAUGAAGAUGUUUACUUGGAUCCAAAUGAAGGGCAGGAGGAUGACACGUAUCUGGAACCUGUAGCAGAUUGCCCUCCUGCCCCUCGAAGUCCUGCCCGUAUGCCAGUCCUCGAGAAAAGAGGUCGAGACCCCCCACCUCCAAUAAUGAAGCCACCUGUUCCUCGAGCCAAAUCUAGUUCGUUUUUGAAUGCUGACAGCUUGAACAAAGUUUUACCAGCGGAGGUCAAACGCUCAACACUCUCUGGCCAGUUGCCUCCACUGGUACCUGCCAACAAACCAGUUCUACCCAUCAUCAUGCCCAAAGAACCCAAACCCAGUCCUCCACUGCCUCCAUCUGUGGACAGUUCAGCGCCCUCUUUUGGAGUAAAGUCAGUCACACAAGCUUUUGUCCAGGAGGCGGGGCUACAGGACAGAGAUUGGUUUGCUGGAAUCUGUGAUCGCAGGACUGCAGAGGAAACUGUGCUCAGGUGUAAUAAGGACGGCACAUUUCUGGUGAGGUGCAGUAAUUCUCAGAGCGGCCGUCAGCCGUACACGCUGGUCGUGCUCUUCCAUCAGAGUGUUUAUAACAUCCCUGUACGCUUCCUGGAUGACUCACAUCACUACGCGCUGGGCAAAGAGGGCAAGAAGUCAGAAGAGCUGUUUGUCAGUUUGCAGGAGAUGAUCUCACACCAUAUGAAGAACCCCAUUUUACUGAUCGACCGUAAGAGUCAAGACAAACACACCACCUAUCUCUCACACCCCGUCCGACCCUAAAAUACAUCUCUCACAUCAGUCUCUCCAGCCGAUAUAUAUGCUUCAAAAACACUCAUUCACUGUUUAAAUUAUGUAUUAGAUUAGGUUUGUAAUGUCUACAGAAGUGAAUAGUUUGCCUUGUGUUAUUAUGUUUCAUGUUAUCUUCAUUCGCUUUAGUCAAAUCUGCAUGACAUCAUUUUUAUUGGAUGACUUUUGGUCUUAGUGUGUGUUUGAAUAAAGGAAAGACAGCUGUUACAUGCGACUUACUGAGCAAUGUUUUGCUUUUUAAAUACUUGAAUAUUUUAUUGUCCAAGGCAGGUUUUAAUUAAAGUUUUUGAUGUCAAGGACCACAAAAUAUGACGAUCCCAUUGCAAGGGACCCCUCUUCCAAAAUAUAACGCUAUAGACUUUAUACAGGUAAUCGUUUACACUGUGUGAGAGUAAAAUAUUAAGCGUGAUAUUAUUUCGACAGCAUGUAAUAAGGGCAUAACAACAGUGUGUAGUAAGAGUUCAAAUAUACAUGCAAUAUGCCUCGUGUUGUAUUACUGUCAUUAUUAUAUUGAAGCAAUUAUAUAAAAGAA